AUGUCAUAUCAGUUGAUUGAUAUUCAGAAUGCUUUGACUGCUAUAUCAUCUUCCAUCUCGCAGCAGGAGAAAAAUAUUUCAUUAAAUUUACUUGAAGAUUUUCAAAAGUCUAUGGAUGCAUGGAAGAUUUGCAUUAAUAUUUUGCUUGACACAACAUUAUCUCAACAAACCGAUUUAAAGAUGUUUGCUUCCCAAACCUUAAGAAAUAAAGUAACAUAUGAUUUAUCUCAAUUGACAGAUAGUAACAAUAUUACCUCUUUUAAGGACAACCUUUUGAAUAUCAUAAUUUCAUACGGCAAUAAUACAGAUCAUAGUACUAAAUUAAUUUUGGUUCAAUUGAAUGUUGCGUUGGCUAGACUGGCUAUUCAAUUUAUUGAUUGGAAAAAUCCAAUGCAAGAAAUCAUUUCUAUACUAAAUCCAUAUCCCUCAAUUCUUCUAAGCUUUCUGAAAAUUUUACCAGAAGAAACUUUAGACUUGGGAUCUUACCCUUUAACACAGGCUGAAUUCGACUCUAGAAUAAAUGAACUAGUCACAAUGAUAUCCAAUGACGUACUACACUUUUUACUUUCCACAAUCGAAUCGCUAACAAGUAAUGGCUUGUCUUUAGAUCAAAUAUUUAAAUGCUUUGCUUCAUGGUCUUUUGAAUUCGAAAUAGAUACACUACUAUCAUUACAAUCUCUAUUAUCAUUACUGUUUACCACUCUAUCACAAGCAAGCGCUUUAGAGGAUUCAAAUAUUUUGGAUGCUGCUACUGACUGCCUUUGUAAUAUAUUAAGAGAAACAAGAGAAGUCCAAAAUGAACAGCUAAUAAUGCCAUUAUAUGAAAAUUUAGUAGCAUUACAGAAUUCUAUUUUACCAACAUUAUUAUCAACGGAUUCAAUAACGUUACCGGACGUUAUUGAUGAUGACAUUAUUGGCAAUUUUACAAGAAUAUUUGUAGAAGCAGCUGAAGCAUGGGCCAUUUUUAUUGCCAAAUCUCCAGAAAUAUAUCAGCAAUUAGUUACAAUAGUUUUAAUGUUAACAUGCAAAGUGCAAGACUUGGAUAUCGUUUCAUAUACGUUUCCAUUUUGGUUUUCUUUGAAACAAAGCUUAGUAUUACCAAGAUAUAGCGCCUCAAAAACAGCAUAUACUCCAACUUUUAUCUCAUUAAUCAAUGGCAUUAUUAAUCAUUUACAAUAUCCUCUUGAUAGUUUUUCUACUCUAGAGGAAGAAGACAAGUUUAAAGAUUUCAGAUAUUCUAUGGGUGAUGUACUAAAGGAUUGCACAGCAGUUGUGGGAACAGCUAAUGCUCUAAAUCAACCAUUCAUGAGAUUGAAUGAUAAUUCAAAAAGUAACUCUAAUUGGCAAUAUUUCGAGGCUCCACUAUUUUCAUUAAGAACUAUGGCACAAGAAGUCUCAUUAUCAGAAAAUAAUCUGAUUCCCAAGAUUCUGUAUCUUAUUUGCAAUGCUACAACUACUGUUAGCGAUAAGACUCAAUCACCACUAAUCCACCCCAAAAUCAGAUAUGCAACAACAUUAGUUCUAGGAAGAUACACCGAAUGGGCAGCUAAACAUCCUGAGCUAUUAGAAUUACAAUUAAAUUACAUUUUCCAAAAUUUUUCGGAAUUCAACAAUGAUAAAGAGUUAAUGAUCGCAUCGUCACACUCUUUGAUGUAUUUUUGCACCGACUGUUCUUCUCUUUUGAUUAACUAUUUAUCACAGCUUAUUGAUUUUUAUUUUAAUGUAGAAAAUAUUAUUGAUAUCGAAUCAAACUUCGAGCUAUGCCAAGGAUUAAGUUCUGUCUUACAAAAGCAGUCUACUGAAUUAUUACCGAGCUAUUUUCAAAAACUGAUAGAUAACAUAUUAAAAAAUUUAAAUAGUUUAACAAAAGAUUGGUCCGAUAAUAGCCAGGAUAAUAACAUUGCCCACAAAAUCGCUGAUAAGAUUGAUUUAAUAUUUGCGUUAUUCGAAGAUUUGAAACCCAAGAAUGAUUUUACGGUUAAUCUAGAUGAACCCAUUCUACCCCAAAUUGAAUUUAUUUGGUCAACUUUAAAAACAUUAUUGGUUGAUUUAAAUGGACAAGCAAAUGAGACCAUAUUAGAAAGGUCUACCAAAUUGCUGCGCAGACUUAUUGAAAAAUAUCAUGUUUACAUUCAAAAUAUCUUACCAUCUAUUAUGGAAUUUUUAGUAGAAGGCUAUUCGCAGACUGGGUUUGGUUCAUUUUUAUGGUGCUCUGGCUCACUAAUUGCAUGCUAUGGUGAUGAAGAGUCAUUACCAAUAUCAAAAGAAAUCAGAAAUGCAGUUUGGGAAUUUUCUCUUUCACAAUGUAAUACAUUUUUAAUAAAUUUCGAAAAAAUACAAAAGAGUGAGCUAAACAACUUUUAUGAAAUGAUAAUGGACUUUUUUGCAAUGUGCUCCGAUCUUCUGAUGUUUUACCCUGGCGAAUUCAUCAAUUCGAAUGAUUCAAUCUUAUUAACGAAUAUAUUUGAUAUUGCAUUGGGUAGUGUAACUCACUUAGAAAACUUUGACUCCUAUUUGUUUAUACUGAGGUUCAUGGACGAUAUUAUUUCAUGGGGAUUUAAAACUCCACCAAUUUCCACACUAACUAUUGAAGUUGUACCUCAAUCGUGGAGAGAACAAAUCUUACAAAAGCUUAUCGUAAUGAGAGGUUUGAAUUUAACUAAAACAUUAUUCCAAGGAUUAUUGACAAAUUUUCAUGUCAAUGCUCAAUCUGAUGCAGUAAGUUGUUUAGUUAAAUCCUUCCGCUUAGCUACAGAGCUAAACAACAAUGAUCCCUCUGUUUGUAUAAGUUGGGUCAAUGAAGGUGUUAUUAAAGAGCUACAUGACGUCACACCAAGUGAAAUCGAGAACCUAAAUAACUCAGUCAUCAGAGGCUUAAACAAAAAGAUUACAGAAAAGUUAGAGAAGGUGUCAAAUCGUUUAUCAAUUGGUAUUUCAGAAGACAUGUUUCCAGAGACUCAACUUAAGUUUCUACUACUUAAAUCGUUUUUUUUGUUUAUCAUUAUCAUUCAAUUUGUGUGCUCAAUCACUACAAUUAACACAUCUUAUUAUCCAUACUAUUUGUAG